AUGAAGAUUGGGAGCACAAGAGCCUGUUGCUUCUUGCCUCAGGUGUUGCUCUGUUCUCCAAACCGGUUGAGUGGCAGCCAGCUUCAGGGCCAAGCCUGUCACCAUAACCUCUACCAACUACCUCUCUUUCACUGGAAGAAUCCCUGGAAUGUUUCCAUAUCAGACACACCCAACCAGGAGCCAGGCAAGGUUCAAGGACACUCUUCCUCCACACGGGUGAUUAUACCCAAAACACAGCAGUGCAGGCAGGAGCGAGAGGUAGAAGAGGACAGUGUGGAGGAGAGGGUGGUGGAGAGGGUGAUAGAGAACGUGUCUCAGGUGAAGAUAAAGUGCAAGGUGAGGGAGGUACAACCAGUGGUGAAGAUGGACACACGUUUCUUUGGAGAGCUGCUGGCGGAGGUUUAUAGGAAGAACUGUGACAUCCACACGUGCAUCUCAGAACACGUGGCCAAGAUACGCGGACGGAAACACCUCCUGGACCCCAGCAACGACUACAAGAUGGAGAGAGAGGACAUCGAGGCCCUGAUCCCCAAAGGAGCAUCUGAACUGACCAAACAGCAGAUCCGUUACCUGCUGCAGACCCGUAUGACAGCUGACAAGACAAUGCGUCUCCUGCUGACCACCUUCAGCAGCCUGAGGGAGGAGCUGAUCCACAUGUCAGAGGACCUGAGGCGUCUGGAGAGUGAGAAGGAGACCCUGGAGAGAGACUUAAGCUUCAAGGCUGACCAGGCUGAGCAGUAUGACCGCCUCCUAGAGGCCGUACGAGAGAACAACAGACAGCUACAGAUAUCUCUGAAGGAGAGCAGCUCCAGCCAGCGGACCCUGGAGACUCAGAUCCUGAGCAGCCACAGUACAGACUCAGGCAGAGAGUUCCGCAUUAGAGAACUGGAGGGCAGCUACCGAGCCCUGGAGAAGGAGAACGAGAUGCUCAAACAGAAGCUGGCCGGUCAGUGCAGCAGUAGCACCAUUCAGUUUAAGACAGAGGAGUUGUCACGUCAGUACUCGGAGCAGCUAGCUGCCCUGCGCCAGGAGAAGGAAAAGGAACUGCAGAGCCUCAGGACCCAGCUGACACGGAUCACCACGGAGUACACCACGGAGAGAUCAGGUGACAAGAGCCUGCAGCUCCGCAUCACACAGCUGCUGACAACACUGGAGCAGCGGGAGGUUGUCAUCAAACGUCAGGAAGAGGAGAUCUGGCGACUGCAGCAGCAGAAGAGCGACAGCGCCAAGAAUGUCACCACAACCACUAUCACCAAAAGGUACAGUAACCAGUACCCCCUCCUGGGCCUGCUGAGUGAUGACUUCCAAUCUACAUUGCCCGUCAAGGACGCCAAGACCAUCGUCAUCGAGAGCCGGACAGGGGAGAUUAUCAAACAGGAAGGAACGACAAGAAGACCCUGAUGUUCCCCCUCCCUCCCUCCCACACUCCGUCCGUCCCUCCCCUUCUCUCCCCGCAGCUGCCGUCUCCCUCUUCCUCAGGGCUCCCAGGGUGGUGGUGGUAGGGUCAACACCCCUAUAUUUGGGAUGAGUGGUUUGGAACAAAUGGGGUUAGAUGAGAGGCUUCACUUUGGUUAGGAUAGGGACACCAAAUACUCAACCACCAAAUAUGUUAUAGUAGAAGCUUAUGCUACAGCCACGAGGGCUGGGGAGGGGACAGGGAAGAGGGGGCUUAUUAGUGUGCAGCUAUCUAGUCCUCUGUCCUCCAUGGAGCCAGCACUACCCUGCUAAUCUUGGGGACAACUCCUCUAAAGGCGUUAUGGUUACUUUGCAUGUAAAUAAGUUAGCUAAAUAUGCUUUAAUUAUGCGCUAAUUAAAAAGACUAUGGUGAAACUCGCUUUGGCAGACAUUUAAUAAAAAUGGCCACCUCUGUUCUGGUCAUUUGCUAUUCUUUUGUGGCAAGGUAAUGGUACAUAAGUGCGAUAUGUUUUAGAUGCAUUUUGUUUCAUGUUUAAACCUUAAGAGGUGCAUGGGUUUGUUUUGAAUGAGGGGUUAUUUGAAUGGAAUGCUGUGCUUGGGGUUGGGGGUUGGAGUGGGUGUAUGAGAAUAUGAAUGACUGGGUUGGACAUGGACUGGUGCAUGGUUCUAUGGGUAAUAUACCAUAGUGGAUGACCUGGUCAUUUUAGAAGCACAAUAAACACUGUAUGGAGUACUUUGUUUUUCCUUCAAUUGUUAUAUGCUGAAGUUCUCUUUAAUGUGCUCUCACAUUUAAAGUCAGCCUGUUCUUUUCUAAUUAGGCCUUAACCUCUGCUUUUUGGAACUGUGAUUAAAAUGUAGAAUUUAACGUCA